AUGCUCUUUACCGCGUUAUGGAGGAGCACCGUGUCUAUAGCUGCAGUGAAAUCUGUUGCGCCUCUCUGCGUGAUCCUCCUGUAUUUCUCUAGAAUUGUGUUCCAGAGUCCCGCUCCGGCCUGUAGCCUCCAACUGGUGCAAUCAUAUGAGGACUACGACUAUUUCCAGGAUGGAGACAUCAUCAUUGGGGCAGUGUUUACGGUAAAUUCAUACGUGGUAAAUAUUGAUUAUGAAAAGAGACCUCAGAAAAUACUCUUCUGUGUCAGGCCUAAUCCCCGUGAUUAUAUAAAUAUUCUACUUUUUCUUUUCUCCAUUGAGCAUGUGAACCUAGACCCAAAUAUUUUACCAAAUAUCACGCUGGGAUACCAUUUAUACGACUCGUGUUUAGACGCCCGUAAAGCUGUGAAAAGCAUCAUUCAGAUAUUAUCAGGACCAAAGAAAACAAUCCCUAAUUAUUCCUGUAUGGACUCUAACAGGGUGGCCGGAUUUAUCGGGGAUCAGCAUGCGAUAACAACAGUCCCCAUAGCGCAGGUACUGGGGGUGUACGGAUACGCUCAGAUUAGUUAUGGAGCAUCAGACUACGAGCUCGAUAACAGACGUGUUCAUUCACACUUCUUCCAGACAUGGAAGAACAACCAUAUCCACCUCAAAGUUAUAUGUCAGCUUCUGAAGUACUUUGGAUGGACUUGGGUGGGAAUUCUGACUUCAGAUGAUGACAACGGGGAAAAAGAGACACAGGAGCUCGUAAAAUAUAUGGCCGGUCACGGGAUCUGUGUGGCUUACACCGUAAAAAUAAAUUUAUCAGAUGGCAUGCGUCAUAUUAUUAAGAGGAAAAUAGAAAUUGUCCAAAAGUCAUCUGCUGAAGUUAUUAUACUUUGUGGAUCUUUCAGUCUGGCGAUUCUUGAUGUUAUCAUUGGUUUUGCUAAUAUGUUUACUGAUAAAACAAUGAUCCUUCCUCCAUCCUGGGCCUCCAACUUUUAUCUCACAGAUUACUAUAUUGAAGCCCUGAACGGCACCUUGGCCGUAGACCUGCGCCCGGCACCGUUACCAGAUACCGGAGAUUUCUUUCCUGAUAUCCAUCCUUCAAACAACCCAAAGGACAAACUCCUUGAAGAUAUCUGGAUAACAGAUUUUAACUGUUUGUCAGAAAAUUCACAAAAGAAUAAAAUGUAUUCAAAGCUCUAUAAGAUCUCUCUGCAUAACUGCACUGGAGAAAAAUAUGCAUUUAUUAAGAAUUAUGUGUAUACAGCGGUAUCAUCUCAUGUGUUUUAUUCCGUACUCGCUAUGGCUAACGCCUUACAUUAUUUGCACUUAAAUCUCAAGGAGUAUAGUUAUAACCAUCAGAUAUUUCACCAUAUAAAAAAGGUCAAAUCUUUUUUGGAAUCUGGUGGUUCAUUUUUCAACGAGAAGCUUAAAGAGUUUGGGUUUUGCUUUUCUAUUGUUAACUGGAAACCAAGGUCUCAGUGUUCAGAGAACUGUUUGCCAGGAUACAGAAAAGUCUUAAGACCAGGAACACAAAUCUGCUGCUACGACUGUGUCCAGUGUUCAGAGGGAGAGAUAUCCAACAGAUCUGAUAGUGAAAACUGCAUGAAAUGUCCAGAUACUGAGUGGUCCAAUGAGAUGAAAGAAAAGUGCAUUCCAAAACUGGUGGAGUUUCUGUCGUACACCAAUGAUGCUAUUUCUAUUGUUUUAUCAUGUUCCUCGGUUCUUCUUUGCGUGUUAACACUUGUUAUACUAAUAAUCUUCACCGUCUACAGAGACACACCUGUUGUAAAGGCCAAUAACAAGAACCUCAGCUUCCUUCUCCUGGUGUCCCUCAUGCUGAGCUUUCUCUGUGUGUUUCUGUUCCUCGGUCGUCCUGAGGAUGUAACCUGCAUGCUGCGCCAAACAGCUUUUGGAGUCCUCUUCUCAUUAGCCGUGUCUUCUGUUCUGGGCAAAACAAUCAUGAUCUAUAUUGUUUUCAAAGCCACCAAACCUGGCAGCUCCUGGGCAAACUGGGUCAGCACCAAGGUCUCUAAUUCCAUAGUACUGUUGUGCUCAUCCAUUCAAGUUAUCAUUAAUAUUUCCUGGUUGUCCAUUUCCCCCCCAUUCCAGGAGCUGGACAUGCGCUCUUAUCAGGGAAAGAUCAUCAUUCAGUGUAAUGAGGGCUCGGUUAUCGCCUUCUACUGUGUCCUGGGUUAUAUGGGGCUUCUGGCAGCUGUUAGUUUUAUUAUAGCUUUUUUAGCCAGGACAUUACCGGAUAGUUUUAAUGAGGCCAAGUACAUCACCUUCAGCAUGCUGGUGUUCUGCAGCGUUUGGAUUGCGAUGAUCCCGGCCUAUCUGAGCACCAAAGGGAAGAACAUGGUGGCCGUAGAGAUUUUUGCCAUAUUGGCCUCCAGUGCUGGACUUUUGAUGUGUAUAUUUUUCCCCAAAUGUUACAUAAUUCUGUUUCGACCUAAGAAGAAUACUAAACUACACUUGCUAGGGAGCAAAACUAAAAAUGUUCAGCUGGUAACAUGACAUUUUGGUCUCUAUCACCAUGUUAUUAGUAUACAGUAUGUUAGCCAUUGCACUUUUAUGCCACCAUUACCUAUGCCAGCAACUAGAAAAUCCUUAAUGUGCCAAGCAUAAAUUGGGAUAUGCUGUGAUGAUGGCUAUGGUUAACGGAUUUUAAGCAGGUUAUAUCAGUAUUGCUGGGGUGUAGACCUUUCUCCUGUGCAGGGGUGCAGUAUACAUACUAGAGUACACAUAGGAACAUGGGGUAAAAACUAAUAAUUUACAGUUUUGGGGCAAUUCAGAGCCACUAAAGAAAUGGGCUAUCGCAAAAAUAAAUAAAUAAAUAAAGCCAUCUUUAUUUAUUGAAAGUAAUUGCCCGCUGUGCUAUUGCACCUCUGCCCGGGUUUUGUCUAAAGUUUGUCUUGUACAGCAGGAAGUUACUUUCAAAGGAUCCGGGUAUAAAGUGGAUAUAGAGGCAAAAGGUGAUCAUUGUUAACCUUAUUUGCAUGCGUCUACCCAGAAUCCCUUGUGGUUGUGGCAGCACCAUGAGAUUUCUGAGGGAAAAACAAGCCUUCUGGCCUGUCUGGUGUCUGUAGUGUUUAAUAAUAAUACUUCAACUACCCCUUAAAUUCUAUAUAUAUACCCCAGUCUGUUUCAACUGUUCCAAAUAAAAUAUAAUUCCCCUCCCCCGAGUUCAUUACAUUCAUUAAAUGUAAAAUAGUAGGAAAGCCUAGUAUACAUGGCAUGUUACAAAAAACAAAAUACUGUCUGCGCUUCUCACCCUAAUAAA